AGUUUUAGGAACGGUGACCAAUAGGCUUGAAGAGGGCGGAGCUGCACUCGAUAACAGGCCAAAAGACUUUUUCAGGGCCGCGCGAGUCGUGGGGGGAUCGCCUAGCCGGGUCCUCGGGAGCAAAGGUGAGAGGUAAAGCAGGGAGCCGUUCGAGAUCGCUGCUCCUUGGAGAGAGGGCGUUGGAGUUCAAUUAAGUUCCUUAUGUCUUCCCCUGAAAUUGCUUCCCUCUCAUGGGGGCAAAUGAAAGUACACGGCUCUACUAAAAUCUAUAAGGACUGCAAAGUGUGGCCAGGGGGAAGUCGGGCUUGGGAUUGGAGAGAAACAGGAACUGAGCAUUCUCCUGGUGUGCAGCCUGCAGAUGUGGAGGAAGUUGUCGAGAAGGGUGUGCAGAUCCUUGUCAUUGGCCGAGGGAUGAGUGAGGCCUUGAAGGUACCCCCAUCAACUGUGGAAUACCUCAAGAAAAAAGGCAUUGAUGUGCGGGUCCUCCAGACAGAGAAGGCAGUGAAGGAGUAUAAUGCCUUGGUUACCCAAGGCAUCAGGGUGGGAGGGGUCUUCCAUUCCACCUGCUGAUGGAGCCUUAAGAGAAUAAAUCACUAAGCAAUGAU